AUGCACCGAGCGCAGGGACACGGCGGCACGAGUAGGGCCGGUGGGGAGCCCCGGGCGGCCCCACCGAGCCCCGGCAUCCCCCCGAAGCGCGCCAAGGUCACGGCGGAGCCCGGGACACCCGAAGAGGGCCCGGCUCGCCCGGCAGCGCCAUUUUUUGCACGGAAGCUGAAGAACGCAGCGAUCGGCACCGGCUGCGACAUCCGGCUGCGGGUGGUGGCAGUGGGCAACCCCCGGCCCAGCCUCCGCUGGUACCGAAAUGAGGAGCUGCUGGCCCCACGUGGGGAGGAGUACGGCACCCUCUGGAUCCGGGACAGCAAGAAGGAGGAUGCCGGUGUGUAUACCUGCAUUGCCGAGAACGAGCGGGGAGAGGCCAUGACCAGCGCUGUGCUGGCCAUCAUUGAUGUGGAAGGUUGGGGGAAGGCGUGUGUUUGCAGCAGCCCCCUCCUCUCCCUCCCCUCGCCCGUCACCGGAGCAGCUCAGGAAGGCGCCUGCCACGUUCGCCUCCAGGAAGGCGCAGAGCAAAAGCCUCCCAGGAGGGAGACCUCAGGAGCAGCCUGCACCCCACUUUCCAGAGAAGCCACCCUGCUUGCAGCCAUGCCACUGCCCCUUGCCUGCUGCCGGGACGGGGAAGCCCUGGCAGCAGCUCGGGACGGCGGCACUGCCCAGCUUGCCGUUGGCGUCCUGCGAGCCACCAGGAUCCCCGGGCUGCACUACAUGUGCACCCGGCCGCAGUCCCGCCUGCGCCGCCUGCUCUGGAGCCUGGCCUUCCUGGCCUCCGCCGGGCUGCUGGCCACCGGCGCCGCCGACCGCCUGCACCACCUGCUCUCACGCCCCGUGCACACCCGGGCACGCCUCGCCUGGGCCCCCCAGCUCCGCUUCCCGGCCAUCACCCUCUGCAACUCCAACCGGGCACGCUUCCUGCACCUCACCAAGCCGGACCUCUACUCGGUGGGGCAGUGGCUGGGGCUGGCCCGGGAGAACCGCUCACUGGUGCCCGAGAUGCUGGCCGUGCUGGGGGAGGACCGGCGCGCGUGGCUGAUGCGUCUUGCCAACUACUCACGCUUCUUGCCGCCCCGCCGCUCUGAGCGCACCAUGCAGAGCUUCUUCCACCGCCUGGGCCAUCAGAUCGAGGACAUGCUGGUGGAGUGCCGCUUUCGGGGAGAGCGCUGCGGCCCCCAGCACUUCGUCCCUGUCUACACACGCUACGGUAAGUGCUACACCUUCAAUGGGGACCGGAGGAACCCGCGAGUGACCCGCCAGGGUGGCAUGGGCAACGGGCUGGAGAUCAUGCUGGACAUCCAGCAGGAAGAGUACCUGCCCAUCUGGAGAGAGACCAACGAGACGUCAUUUGAAGCUGGCAUCCGGGUCCAGAUCCACAGCCAGGACGAGCCGCCCUACAUCCAUCAGCUGGGCUUCGGUGUCUCGCCUGGCUUCCAGACCUUCGUGUCCUGCCAGGAGCAGCGGCUCACCUACCUGCCGCAGCCGUGGGGGAACUGCCGGGCCAGCGUGCAGGGGGAGCAGACGCUGCCUGGCUACGAUACCUACAGCAUCGCUGCCUGCCGCCUCCAGUGCGAGAAGGAGGCCGUGGUGCGGAGCUGCCACUGCCGCAUGGUCCACAUGCCAGGCAACGAGUCCAUCUGCUCCCCCAACGUGUACAUCGAGUGUGCUGACCACACGCUAGACGCGGCGGUGGAGGACAGCCAGGAGCGCUGCAGCUGCCCCACGCCAUGCAACCUGACGCGCUAUGGCAAGGAGAUCUCCAUGGUGCGCAUCCCCAACAAGGGCUCGGCGCGCUACCUCGCCCGCAAGUACAACAAGAACGAGACCUACAUCCGGGAGAACUUCCUGGUGCUGGACAUCUUCUUCGAGGCGCUCAACUAUGAGGCCAUUGAGCAGAAGAAAGCCUACGACCUUGCUGGGCUUCUCGGGGACAUCGGGGGGCAGAUGGGCCUGUUCAUCGGUGCCAGCAUCCUCACCAUCCUGGAGAUCCUGGACUAUGUCUAUGAGGUGAUCCGGGACAGGGUGAGCCGGGUCCUGCGCCGCUCCAAGCCUCCCCUGAAGAAGCCCUCGGGCAGCAUCGCCACGCUGGGACUGGAGGAGCUCAAGGAUCAGAGCCCCUGCGAGACGCUGGGCCGGCACGUGGAGGGCGCCUACAACGCGGGCAUCCUGCCCAACCACCACCACCGCCACCACUACCCUCACCAGGGCGUCUUCGAGGACUUCGCCUGCUAGGCCAGCUCGGGAC